AUGACAUCCACACCAGCAUCGUCCAACCAGAUCAAUGCAAUGACGGUUGAGAACGUCUUUCCCACCCCUCCCACAGGACAACCGGAUGCUGGCACUCUCUUUCGACUCAAGAGAACGCUUUCCCCUCCACCAAAGAGACUCCUACCCCGAGAACGCGCCCAAUCAACUCCACCGGAAACGACUCGCUCAAAUCAGUUCGGAAUCUUGACGAAAGGUACAGAUGGUCAAUGGCCGGAUAUGGCAAGUCUCGAAAGCUCGUGGCAGAGGUUGCACCUCUCGAAGAAGAAAAGUCAGUAUUUCGAAGGCGCAUUUGCCUAUCGUGAGCCCAACAACACCGCAAAAGAGCGUAUACUCAAGGACUCGGUGGUUCUAGCCGAAAUCAGGCUGAACUACUCUCUAGACUCGGAGAAAGAAUUCUUGAUAGACCUCUCAUUUAGGCUUUCCGAGAUCUACCAGCGCCCAGAGUCUUGCAUAAUGGUUCUGAUGACGACUGAUGUCUCCAUGCUGCUCGGAGGAAACUCAGAGCCGGCAUACCAUCUCAUGAUCACUGCUCUUCCUUCCGAGAUUGCGGCCACCAAGAACAAAAGAAGCACUCGUCUCCUUCAAGACUUCAUACUCGAUACCUUGCAAAUUCCACAGGGUCGAGGAGUUGUGCAAUUCCAGGCAGUCACAGAGGAGAAUCUGGCCACCAAUGGGAUGACUGCGCUACAAGAAAUCGAACAACUUGAAAGGCAGCCACCCGAGGAAGAUGGUCGUUUCACAGCGGUCAGUAGACAAAGCAGAAGAAGCAAGAAGUCGACUGGUCCAGCUCUCACAGAAAGAAUCAAGUCUAGCAUUCCCUCCUUGAGGUCUACCACUCCUUCGCGGCAGCAAUACAAUACAGUCCACCUAGGAGAGUCGAAGUCGACGGAAGCUAGCGGUCUAGGAAGAAAACGCGUGAAAAGGAGGCAGAGCAUUCUUGCUUUUUUCAAGAGAUGA